AUGGUGAAAAAAUGGAUCAAGUGGGUUAUCAUUGAGAAGAUUUUGAGAUCUAUGACCUCAAAGUUUGAUUAUGUUGUACGUUCAGUGGAAGAAUCCAACAAUUUGGACACUUUAACAUUUGAUGAACUGCAGAGCAGCCUGUUAGUUCAUCAACAAAGAAUGAAGAGGCAUGGACAAAGCAGUGAAGAGCAAGCAUUGAAGGUUACCAACGAGGAUAGAGCUGGUGGUAGAGGAAGAGGACGUGAAAAGUUCAGAGAGGCAGAUAAAGAAGAGGAGGUUCUCUUGAUGGCUCAUGUUGAACCCAACGAUGUAAAGAGGGAAGGAGUCUGGUUUCUUGAUUCAGGCUGCUCAAACCACAUGUCAGGAAACAAACAGUGGUUUGUGGACUUUGAUGAGCGAUUCUGGUAUUCAGUGAAGCUAGGGAACAAUUCAAGGAUGCCAAUAAUGAGAAGGGGAAACAUCAAGAUAGAGAUUGGAGGAAUAAUUCAAGUAGUGGCCAAUGUGUUUUAUGUUCCGGAGCUUACAAAUAAUUUGCUGAUUGUUAGUCAGUUACAAGAGAAAGGGCUAGCCAUUCUGAUUCAAGAUGGAGCAUGUAGAAUUUAUCAUCCCAGCAGAGGUCUUAUAGCACAUGCUUAA